CACUGACAGUCUAGUCUGUACUGCCACUGAAACAACAAGCACAUUCUCGUGAUGUAUCUCACAACACUCUGAGAUCGAGAGUGACCUGGUGACUGAGUUCAGCAUACCAGGCCAGGGGUGCUUCACAACCAUUCGCUUCCCAUAAAAGUAAGUUACUUUACAAGACUUAGUACUUGUUUGAGUUGCCGAGAAGAAUCUGAUUGUCUGAAGGUAGCAUCCACUCGGUGAAGGCCGUCAGACUCGCUAUAGUCCAUUGUGAUCGGUUGCUGUGGCUCGAGCUGACGCUGCUAUGCCAGGCAAGGCUAAAUCUCGCGGCAAAUCUACUCUGGCACGGCAGGAUGAGCCCGAGCCAGAGCCUGAGCCACAGUUGGAGAGUGGGCAGUUGAUCUAUCCGAGCGGAGAGCGCUAUGAUGGCCAGUAUCUAACAUUGAAAGGAAAGGCAAUUGAGCGUUGUGGCCAAGGAAAGUUCUCCUAUACAGAUGGUACUGUGUUUGAGGGCGCCUGGAAAAAGGACAAACUGAGUGGAGAUGGAACAGUUCAGUUUCCUGAUGGAUCUUCCUACAAGGGCGGCAUGGACCAUUUGAAGUUUAGCGGCAAAGGUGAAUACACUUUUGCCAAUGGCAGCAAAGUCAGCGGCCAGUUCCAGGAGAGCAGGUUACAGGGUGACAUUACGUUUACGGACGAGCAAGGACAGGUGUGGCGUGGUAAGAUCAAUGACGCAGCGACGGAACGACGCCCUGGUCAGCCUACAUGGACACCAACGCCCCCAAACGCUGCAUUGCUACGGAAGGUCUUAGUGUAGCCAACUAUUUGAACUUCUACGCAGGCCAAGCGACAAGUUAUAGACAGCUCCCAGCAACCAGCACAGUCACCAUCUGAAGCUAAGGCAACGCCGUCUUAUCAUUCGAUGGACAUUGCAAUGCAUGCAAAGUGAUUAUCUCGAUCAGAGCCUGUACAAACCUUGUUUGGAACGAUUUCAUAAUGACACUGGACUAUCAUUUGAUCCACCGGCUCAGCUAAGCUGUCUACAUUUAUAUCAGGAGUGCACGUUAUAGAUCUGAUGUGAUAUUUUCCACGCUGCAGUCAA